AAGAAAAUCAAGAAUAUUUAAAGAGAUAAAGAAUUUGUGAAUGCAUUUGUUUUAACAAACAAGUAAUUUUUAAUCAUAAAUAUAUAUUUUUUAAAACAUUUAUGGAUUAAUAAGCAUAACUCUGUAUUAAAACCUAACAUUUUUUACACACGUUGACAAUAACGCUGUCAAGACAAAAAUAUUACGAUAUCUAUUAAAUACGAAAGUAAAAGAGUUGAAGAUUAUACCCCAACUGUUGUUAUGACGGUUAUUUAGAGAUCUUUAGAUGUUCACUUAAUUUUAUGUUAUUACAAAAACAUAUCUUCCAGCACAACAAACCUUUUCUUCUUAAGGACAAACAAAUAUUCUUGAGUGUGCAUACAUACAUAAUAUUUACUUCUUAUUCUCUAUUUUAUAUUCUCUGCAUACUUACAUAUAUGACGUAUACUAUACCGUAUGAUUUACAAAAAAAAUAAAUGGAUGCACAUAUUUACAAAUAGUAUAUUAUAAACGAACAUAUUAAUAUAAUAUUAAAAUUAAUGUUAAAUAAUUCGAUAUAUAUAUAUAUAUAUAUAUUUUAUGUAUACAUACCUACAUACGUAAGAUAUCCUGGAGCAAAGCAUCAUGCAAUACGCAGAAUCCAAAAAAAAAAAUUUUUUUUUUUUGCCUAAAAUGAUGUUUACAAUAAAAAGAUUUCAUCUCACAUUAGAUUUUGUAUCUAGCUUAACCACGAAGGAUGUAAAAUUUGCUUUAAAAUUACAAUAAAAAAAAAGAAAAAAAAAAAAAUUUUAAAAUUUGAGAAAUUGAAAAUCUACCAUUUUUUUUUAAUAUUAAAAAUAAAAAUGUUUAAUUAAUACUGUUCUAAUUAAAAAAAAAAACACAGAAUAUCUAACAAUAUCUUAAAAAUAAAUGAAAUGAAAAGAAAAUUUCAAUAAUCGUACCGAUGAGAAGAUUGGUAACUGCUUUCCGACUUAAAAUGCGUUCAACAUCCUUAACAUCAUCACAUCAAGAUGUUAGUAGUGUUAAUAGCAGUAGUAGACAUCAUCAUAAGCAUAAAAAAGGUCCAAAACAAAAUUUAAAAAAAUGUAUUAUAACUUGUUUUAUAUUCUGUAUAACAUUUUUUAUUAUAAUUGAAAUAACAUUUAAUCAAAAAUUAUUAAAUGUAAGCGAAAUAUUACAACACAAUAAUGGUGAUACGGAACAGUUAAAUAAAUUAGCAAAUAAAUCGAAAUAUUAUUAUGUGAAUACAAUCGGUUGUAAAAUACCAAAAUUAUAUGAAGAAAAUUUACAUUUAGAUGAUUUUUCAUUUAAUGAAAAUUUCGAACAAAGUAUUUCAAUAACAUCAGUUCAAAAUGGAUUAUUAAAAUUGAAUACUAAUAGAACAUACCUGGAUAAGGAAUUUGGUAUUAAGGAUAUUGAAAAAAUAAAUUGCUUUUAUCAAUAUUUUAAUCGUAAAACCGAUACAAAUAAUAUUUUUACAUCAAAUGAAAAAGUUCCAUUUAAAAUAACACAAUUAAAUAAUAAUGAUGAUUUUGAUCCAAAUGAUGAUGAUAAUAUUGGUUUAAUUCUUAUUGGAGAUGCUAAUACCGAUAUUAAUAAUAUUGAAAAUCCUGCAAAUAAUUUACAAAUUGAAGAAAAUAAAUUUAUUAAAGUUUCCUGUAAUUAUGAUAAUAAAGAAUUUUAUGAAAAUUUUCAUUAUUCAGCAAAAGAUGAUUUUCAAGGUAUUGACAGUAAUGGUGAAUUAUCAGUUUUUUUAAUUGGUAUAAGUAAUGCCUCGCAUUUUUUCCUCUUAAAUCAUUUAAGAAAUAUAGCAAAAUUUAUGAGAAAAUCAAAUUCAAUAGAAUAUUAUGGUUAUAGUAAAAUUGGUGAAAAAUCAUACCAAUAUUUUUAUCCAUUAUUAUGUGGAUUAGAUGAAAAUGAAUUACAUGUUGCAUGCAAUUCAAAUACAUUCAAUGAAUCCUAUGACCGAUGUCCAUUUAUAUGGAAACGUUUUAAGACUGCCGGUUACACAACAAUAUUUGCUGAAGAUGUUGCAACAAAUAAAAUAUUAAAUUUUACUCAUAAAGGAUUCUCAAAUAAACCUACAGAUUUUUAUUUAAGACCAUUACUUGUCGAAUUGGAGAAAUUACGUGAAACAUUUAAAUUAUUAAAUUAUAAAGAAAAUAAAAUACCAAAUUAUAAAAUAAUUGAUUUAUUAAGACAAUUAAAUAACUUAUAUCACUUUAAAAAAUCAUUUACAUUUUAUUGGAUAACAUCACUUUACAAUAAACGUCCAAUUGUAGAAUUAAUCGAUAAUGAUAUUUUUCAAAUUUUUUCAUAUUUAAGUAUGUCUGGUAUUUUAAAUAAUACAAUAUUAUUUUUUGUUAGCGAUCAUGGAGCACAUAUUAAUUAUCACAAAUCAUAUUUAAAUAUAUUAGAAGAACGCCAACCAUUCCUUUUUACAUUAUUUCCUAAUUGGUUUGAACAUCAAUAUCCGAAAGCCUUUCAAAAUUUUAGAAAUAAUUUUAAUAAGUUAACUACAGCUUUUGAUUUACAUGAAACACUUUAUGAUUUAUCUGAUUUACGUUUAAUAACUGAUGAUAAAUUAGAUAUAAGAUCAAAAGAAAUUAAAGAAAGUGAUUCAUUUCCACGUGGUAUUAGCUUAUUUUUACCAAUACCACAAACUAGAACAUGUGAAUUAGCUGGUAUUUCAUAUGAAUCAUGUACUUGUCUUGAGAAAAAAUUAAAUAUAGCUAAAAAUGAUUUAAGAAUACAGAGAGCUGCUAGAUACAUGGUACAAGAAAUAAAUCAAAAAGUACGAUCAAAUUCACAAUGUAGACAUUUACAUUUAAAUUCAAUCCUAGAUGCGACAAUAGAAACUCCAAAUAAAAAGUUACUAAAACAAAGUCAAUCAGUAUCAUCAUCAACAUCAGAUGAAUUUGUUAUGGAUAUAACGUUACGUAUACAAACAAAACCUGGUUUGGCCGAAUAUGAAUCUGUUGUACGUGUUACACCGUAUACAGUUUCAUUAACUGGAGUUAUAACUAGAAUUAAUUAUAAUAGUAAAGAAAGUUUCUGUAUUGAAGAUUCAUCAUUAAAAAUUUAUUGUUACUGUUUUCGUUAGUAAAAAUUAAAGUAAUUAUAUAAAAAUAUAUUUAAAAUAAUAAUUUUUGAAUCAAAAUUUAAAUUAAUUGGGAAUUUUAAAAAUUAAUAUAUAUUUAAA